CAAUCGAUAUGUUUCCUUCGGGCCGAUGGCUUGUCCCGAUGUUCUGGCUCAUUUCGAACUCGAUCUGUUGGAUACGCGGCUCGCGAAUCCUCGUCAUCGCCCCCUUUGAGACCCACUCGCAAUGUAUGCUGCUGACACCCUACAUACAAGCUCUAAAGGAUCGGGGUCACCAGCUGACGGUGAUACACGCAUACAAGCACUGCAUGCCGCCAAUCGAAAGCGUGACCUUCAUUCAUAUAUGGAAUAAUAAUUACACCUAUGCAGAGUUUGAGGAAUCCAUGGUAAUCGCUUCAGCUAGCAAUAAGUGGGAAGAAAUACGUACCAUUUCGAAAGUCAUGGCUAAUGUCUCAUUCAAUGUACUCAAUAACGUGGAAGUUCGAGCACUGAUGCACUCGGGAAUCACAUUUGACGUGGUUGUCCUGGAAGCAGGAUAUAGUGACGUACUGUACGGCAUGGCCGCCCAUUUCAAUGCCACACUGAUCGGAAUUUGCACCUGCGUGGCAGAUUGGAAUAUAAACAAUCUGGUGGGUUACACCACAUCCACUUUAACAGAGCCAAUAGUGCCAUUUGGUGUGAAAUCUGUGAAAACCGUUUGGGAUCGCAUCUACAAUUGGUUCUACACUUCCGAAGAGUGGCUGCUGAUGAACUUGGUAUUUCUUCCGAAGCAGCGACUUGUCCACGAUCACUUCUUCGGCCAUCUGGAGAAGAGCUUCCUGGAGAUCCGGCAAGACUUCGCAUUGAUGCUGCUGAAUCAACACUUUAGCCUAUUUCGGUCCAGGCCAAAUGUGCCGGGAAUGGUUGAGGUGGCCGGUCUACACAUUCCCAAAAAGGAUCCACAGCUGCCCAUCGAUCUGCAGGUGUUCAUCGAUGAGGCAGAACAUGGAGUAAUCUUGUUUUCGCUGGGUCUGGAACAGCAAAUCAACGAUUUGCCCACGAAAACACAGGAAAUUCUGGUGGAAACCUUCAAAUCGAUUCCACAGCGUGUGAUUUGGAAGUUCGAUGGUGAAUCUGCGGUGCCUCUCGAUAGUAGCAUCUACCACGCCAGUCUUUUGCCACAGCAAGCGAUUUUGGCGCAUCCAAACGUAAAGCUCUUUAUAACUCAUUGCGGCAUCAUGAGCGUUAUUGAAGCUGCCUACUAUGCAACGCCAGUUUUGGGCCUGCCAUCGUUCUACGAUCAGUUCACCAAUUUGGAAAUCAUGAAAGAGGAGGAAGCAGCGCUGCAGUUGAACAUCAAUAGCUUGACAGUACAGGAGUUGAAGGACACUGUGGAGAGUCUUAUAAAUCAGCCAAAAUACCGAGAGAGUGCCUUGGCUAUUUCGCAAAGAUUUAGGGAUCAGCCCAUGCAUCCCAUGGAUACGGCCAUUUAUUGGACGGAGUACAUUAUACGCUACAAGGGUGCGAAUCACAUGAAAGUAUCUCGCUCGCAGUUGAAGUUGUUCGAAUACUAUUUCCUGGACAAUUUCAUAAUGGUCGGAUUGCGACUGUCCUUGGUGGUGGCUAUUGUUUUUGUGGUCCUUUCUAAAAGCAGAAGAUGGCUAAAUCAUUUGUCUACAACCUCAUGCUGGUAUUCAGAAUAAUAAGAAGGCAAUAUCUUAAACAUUUAAUUAGGAGUUAUCUUUAGAUAAAUACGAUUUUAAAUGAAAACGUAGUUUUUUAACUCACGAGAGAUUAUUUA